CGCGUAGAAGAAGAAUGUCAAAGAGAGACCAAUAGGCGAGGGCAGUAGUUGCUGGAUGCGGCAAAUGUAUUUUCUAUGUAAGAAGGCGGGGAAGAAAUAGCCGUCGCCGGCAGAGUCGGGCGCGCCGCUUCCUCCUCUGUCUCUCGCAUGUGUCUUAAGCGCAACAGGGGAACCUUCGCCUACGGGAGCCAUGUCUGAAAGCGGCUCCUCGUCCGCCUCCAUCCCCAACGGUGGGGCCGCUUCCCGGCAACCCGGCAACAAAGUGACCGUGGUCCUGGGAGCACAAUGGGGCGACGAGGGCAAAGGAAAAGUAGUGGAUCUGCUAGCGCAGGACGCGGACAUCGUCUGCAGGUGCCAGGGAGGCAACAAUGCUGGACAUACUGUUGUUGUUGAUUCUGUGGAAUAUGACUUUCAUCUAUUACCCAGUGGUAUCAUCAAUCCAAAAGUCAUGGCAUUUAUUGGAAAUGGUGUGGUUAUUCACUUGCCAGGGUUAUUUGAAGAAGCAGAGAAAAAUGUUAAAAAAGGAAAAGGAUUAGAAGGCUGGGAAAAAAGAUUAAUUAUAUCUGACAGAGCUCAUAUUGUAUUUGACUUCCAUCAAGCUGCUGAUGGCAUCCAGGAACAACAAAGACAAGAGCAAGCAGGAAAGAACUUGGGAACUACAAAAAAGGGAAUUGGUCCAGUGUAUUCUUCUAAAGCAGCUCGAAGUGGGCUCAGAAUGUGUGAUCUAGUUUCUGACUUCAAUGAAUUUUCAGAAAGAUUCAAAGUGUUGGCCAACCAGUACAAGUCUAUUUAUCCUACUUUAGAGAUAGACAUUGAAGGGGAAUUGAAAAGACUCAAGGGUUACAUUGACAGGAUCAAACCAAUGGUGAGGGAUGGUGUAUAUUUUAUGUAUGAAGCUUUGCAUGGCCCACCAAAGAAAAUUUUAGUAGAGGGUGCAAAUGCAGCACUGCUGGACAUUGAUUUUGGGACUUACCCUUUUGUGACCUCAUCAAACUGCACUGUGGGAGGUGUUUGCACUGGGCUGGGAAUGCCACCUCAGAAUGUUGGUGAAGUAUAUGGAGUUGUGAAAGCGUACACAACUAGAGUUGGAAUUGGUGCCUUUCCUACAGAACAAGACAAUGAAAUUGGAGAACUACUACAGACGCGAGGAAAAGAAGUUGGUGUGACAACAGGUCGAAAGAGAAGAUGUGGCUGGCUGGAUCUUGUGUUGCUUAGAUAUGCUCACAUGAUCAAUGGAUUUACUGCAUUGGCUCUUACCAAAUUGGAUAUUUUGGAUGUAUUUCCUGAAAUUAAAGUUGGUGUUGCUUACAAAAUAAAUGAUAAAAUCAUACCUCAUUUUCCAGCAAACCAGGAAGUCUUAAAUAAAGUAGAGGUUCAGUAUGAGACCUUCCCAGGAUGGAAAAAAGAUAUAUCAAAUGCAAGGACGUUCGAUGAAUUGCCUGUAAAUGCACAAAACUAUGUUCGAUUUAUAGAAAUGGAGCUAGGCAUUCCAGUUAAAUGGAUUGGAGUAGGAAAAUCCAGGGAGUCGAUGAUCCAGCUCUUCUAAAGAUAUGGAAGAAAUGGAAGAAAAGAAAGCACACUCCAGAGACUGCUUGUUCUUAUACCUAUUAUCCUUAGCCCAAUAAACAAUGGUUUUUGGAAAGCUGGACACUGUUUGGAAAAGAGCUAGAGAUGGUCUGGAAAAACAAUUGUUAAAGACUUUAACAACUAUUAGUAUCACUUCUCUUACCACUUCACAAAUUCCAGGGCAUUUGUCAUUAUUGCCACCAUUUGUCAUGGUGCCACCAGAUUUUUUCUUCAGCUGUUUGUCUCAACACUUAAUUUCAAAAUCUAAUAUCGUAUUACUUUAAUGACCAUUUGUCUUUAUUGUCUCCCUGCUUUUGGUGGUGUUACUUCCUGAAAUUUUAGAUGCUUAAAAUGAUUAAUGCAGUUUUGCACAGAGAGUUUUACAUCCUCAUUUGUACUCCUAAAGCUGUUGUUCCCUGUAUGGCUGCUGAUAUAGUGUGUGAUUAAAGAGAGGGAUGAUUUUAUAAUGAUGAAGAAAAGAUUUUUUUGUUAGAUUUUAUUAAAACUAUGAUGAUGAGCUGGUAGUUUGGAAGCGGUGCUUAAUAUGUAUUCAACGCAACAACUUAAUUUAUAAAUGAAAAUAUUGAAAA